GUACUGCGCAUGCGCUGAGGUUGUAGUGCCCUCAGAUCUCUCGAGGUAACAGAAGUAAACAGUAGCAGCUAGCAGCAUUAGCUGGCUGUGUGUAAUGAAUGAAGUGAAGACGGUACUGAGUCACAGCGCAGCUCAUUAUUGAACGAGUAAUUAAAGAAGAAUGAGUUCAGUUGAGAGUUUGAGAGAGUUUGUCAACGAGCGACUAACUGCUGCUGCUGAAGAAAUAUUCAGAGUUUUUAAAACAACUAUCGUCCAGUACGAGGAAGAGAUCGAUCGGCAGCGCGUCAUGCUGGAUAUCUGCUGGAAACCCCAAGUAAAGUUACACAGGAUAGAGCUCCCACAGCAACAUGUCUGUAAGGAGGAGGAGGUUCUGGCUGACCAGCAGCUCUGUAACCAGGAGAGGAACUCCAGUCUGGACCAAGAGGACCCAGAGCCUCCAGAGAUUAAAGAGGAACAGGAGGAACUCUGCACCAGUCGGGAGGGAGAGCAGCUUGUACUGAAGGUGGAGACGGAAACCGUCAUGUUGACUCCAGCUUAUGAGGAAAGUGACCACAGUGAAGCAGAACCAACAAGUGACCACCAGCUCCUCUCUAACAACUCUCAUGGAGCUGAGAGCCGAGACCAGAAAGGAGGAAAACAUGGAGACUCAGGAUCAGCUGGAGAUGGAGAGCAGAAGGAAAAGAAAAGACAUCACAGAAAAAAUAAAAACUCUACCUCAUCAGACAUUCAACAUAACACUCACCCAGGUGAAAAGUCUUUCAGCUGUGACACAUGUGGAAAGACUUAUAAGUUUAAGUGCCUAUUGAAUGAACACAUAAAAAUUCACACAGGUGAGAAAAUGUAUUCUUGCAAAACAUGUGGGAGGAAUUUCAGGAUUCGUAGUCAAUUAACAGUCCACAUGAGAAUCCACACAGAUGACGAAAUGUAUUCUUGCAAAACAUGUGGGAAGACUUUUAAGCGUCAUUAUGAAUUGAAUCGACACAUGAGAAUCCACACAGGUGAGAAGCCAUUUACUUGUGAAACAUGUGGGAAGACUUUCACUCAAACCAGUCACUUAUUUGUUCACAUGAGAACCCACACAGGUGAGAAACCGUUUACUUGCAAAACAUGUGGGAAAGCUUUCAGGAUUCGUAGUCAAUUAACAGUCCACAUGAGAAUCCACACAGAUGAGGAAAUGUAUUCUUGCAAAACUUGUGGGAAGAUUUUUAACUGUCAUUAUGAAUUUAAUCGACACAUGAGAACUCACACAGGUGAGAAGCCAUUUACUUGCGAAACAUGUGGGAAGACUUUCACUCAAACCAGUCACUUAAUAGUUCACAUGAGAACUCACACAGGUGAGAAACCGUUUACUUGCCAAACAUGUGGGAAAGCUUUCAAGAGUCGUUCUGGAAUAAUUUAUCACAUGAGAAUCCACACAGGUGAGAAACCGUUUACUUGCCAAACAUGUGGGAAGACUUUCAGGCAUCAUUGUAACGUAAUACGGCACAUGAGAACUCACACAGGUGAGAAACCAUAAUGUUGUCUGGGGAAAGUUUGUCUGAUCAGUCUGAAGAGACAUUUGAUGACAUGUACAGGCGAAUAGCCUUGUAUUUACAAAAUAUGUUGGAGGUGGUUCAGUUCUAGUGUUUCAUGCAUAAUUGCAGAACUUUAACCUUAAAUGAGCUACUUGAAGAAUCCUCAGAGGAUCAAUAUACACAGGAGAAAUGAUGAGCUGAUGCUGAAUGUGAACAAUUUCCCCUUGAGAAGAUAUAGUUUGUGUCUAUCUUCAUGCUGAUUUGCCAUAUUUAUUAAUAUGAUGAUUAAAGUCAAGUUAAUCGCUCUCAAGUGUCCUGCUUUUAUAUAAACAGUUAUAUGUUAAAUACUUGUCAUUUUUAGUUCAAGUAGCAGUUUAGAAAAGAGUCCCACAUUUCUUUGUGGAAUUAAGCAGAUUAGACCUGCAAGAUGGUGUUAAAUGUAGUUAAUAAAAUGUAUUUAAAUAACUUGUAAGAAAUGGAAAAAAAAAUUAAAAAGCCUUUUUGAUCAUCUUGGCAGAGUGUGAUGGGGCCAUUUCCCAGAUGGCAGGUUAGAUAGAUAGAUACUUUCUUCAUCCCCUCAGGGAAAU